CAGAAUGGACGAAUUCUCAUUUCCAUUUCAACCAUACGACAUUCAACUCAAUUUGAUGCGAGAAAUCCGCCAAUGCAUUGAACAACGGAAAAUUGGCAUUUUCGAAUCUCCAACAGGCACCGGAAAGUCGCUCAGCGUGUUGUGCUCGACGAUGACGUGGCUGGAAGCUGAAGAACUACGAAUUUCGACUGAUUUGAGCACACGGCUCGGGGAGGUUCACACGAAAAUCACGGAAUGCGAUAAAAUCACCACCGCCGACAAUUGGGAGACGGCAGUUCGUGAGAAAAUGCGAGCUCAAGACGUAGAGACGGAGAUUUUGGAGCAAAUUCAGAGUCGGGAAAGAUUGCAGUCACGAAUCGAUCAAGCCCGGCGAGGAAUGGUCGAGGUCUCCAGAAAGAGAAAAGCCCCGGCCAGGGAUACGGAUCAGUUUCUCGAACCUCAAGAUGAAGCCGCCCCAUCGGAAGAAUACAAUAACGACGAGAAAAGUGAGAAACAGCGGGAUUCCGAUUUUUUCGAUGAUGUCGAUGAAGAAGAGGAGAAGCCACUGAAAUGUCUGAAAAUUUUCUACGCAUCACGAACACAUUCUCAAUUGGAGCAACUUGCCGAGGAGCUCGCAAAAACUAGAUUUCAACCCAGAAUAGUUACAUGUGCCUCACGAGGAACAUUAUGUGUAAAUGAAGAAGUCAAAAAGUUGAAAUUAAAUCAUUUAAUCAAUGAAAAAUGUAUGGAAUUGCGAAAAAACGGAAUGUCGGAAAAGGAAAAAGUUCAGAAAUUGGAGAAAGGAACCACGAAAAAGACAAAAACCUGUGCGACUUCAUGCGAAUUCUACAAUUCCACACAAAUCGAAGAUGUAGUGAAUGGAGUCCUCUCGAACAAAUUGAAAAGUACACUUGAAGUGUCAAAACAGGGAAAACUUUCCAAUGGAUGCCCAUAUUUUGCUACAAGAAAAUCUGUUCCACAGUGUCAACUUGUUCUUCUUCCAUAUCAAGUUUUGCUUCAUGAUGGAACACGAAAAGCAUGGGGAAUUGAAUUAAAGGAUAAUGUUAUUGUACUCGACGAGGCACAUAAUGUGUUGAAUACUAUUAGUUCCCUCUACUCUGCUGAAAUUUCCACGAAAUCCCUAACCCUCGCACUGCGUCUAAUUCGAGAAUACAAUGCUCACUACAAGCUGAAGCUUCUGGCUCAUAACCUACUUUACAUGAAACAACUGGAAUCACUCACCAGCAAAAUGCUCAUUUUCUUAAAUAGCCAAUCAAAAGAAGAUGUGAUGACGAUGGCUCAGUUGGCACGAAAUUUGAAUAUUCUAGAAAUUAAUCUGUUCAAAUUGGCCGAAUAUAUGGAGAAGACGGAUUUGUGCAAGAAAUUUCAUGGAUUUUACAUGAGAUUACAGAAAGAAGAAAUCAAGAAAGAAAAUGAGAAGCCAAAACUAACCGGAAUCCAGAAACUCAUGGCUGCAAAAGAAGCGGAGCCUGAGCCAGAAGCUGAGCCUCUUCCACCGCCAAAACCCGUUCCUUCUCCACUUUUUUCGCUGAAAUCGUUCAUCGACGCAUUAACCAACAAAUGCGAAGAUGGCCGAAUUAUUGUGGAAAAGUCGGCCACCGAAGCAAAAUUCCGAUUCAUGCUCCUAAAUCCGGCGGAUCGUCUUUCCGAAGUGGUCACUUCCGCCCGAGCCACAAUCCUCGUCGGUGGCACAAUGGAGCCAGCUCAGCUUCUCGUGGAGACCCUAUCCCGUGGAUCGAUCGGCGCCGACUCAAUCCGUCGUUUUUCGUGUUGCCACGUCAUUGAUGAUUCCCAGCUGCUCGCGGUAACCGUAGAACGAACUGUCGACGGAAAACCAUUCCAACUCACAUAUCAGACACGUGGCGCCGAUACCACGUUGAGAUCGUUGGCCACGUCAAUUCAGGCCCUGAUUCCGCAUAUUCCGAAUGGAGUUGUGAUCUUUGUGCCGUCAUACGACUUUUUGUUCAAUUUCCAGAAAAAGAUGAAGGAAUUUGGGAUUUUGAAGCGGAUCGAGGAAAAGAAGGCCGUAUUCACAGAAAGCCGGCAACCAACAUCAGACGUCUGGGACCGAUUCAGCCGAGCUGCAAAAACAUCGAAAGGAGCCAUUCUAUUUGCUGUCGUCGGCGGUAAAAUGAGCGAGGGAAUAAAUUUUUGUGAUGAGCUCGGACGGGCGGUCAUUGUUAUCGGAUUACCGUAUCCGAAUAAGACCAGCGUCGAGUUGAGGGAACGGAUGAAGUUCCUCGACACUCAAAUGCCGAACGGUGGAAACCUGCUCUACGAAUCUCUAUGCAUGCACGCCGUGAAUCAAGCCAUCGGUCGAGCAAUCCGUCACCGCCGAGACUACGCGGCCGUCUAUCUCUUCGACGACCGCUACGCAAAGGAGUCCACUCGGAGAAAGUUGUCCACGUGGAUUGGAGAUCGCACUCAAGUCAAGUUGGGAUUUGGCGAGAUUAUUCGAAAGACGAGGAGCUUUUUUGAAGCGAAUUCUAAGAAAUAAUUAGAAUAUUUUUUCUUCAUUUUUUUGGUGUUUUUUAUUUUGCCCGGUUGCUCUAAAGAUUCCUCAUUCCUUGUGUGUGUGACAUUCCCUCUCGUCGUCGUUGUAAAUAUGAUUAGGUUU